AGAUGCAGGUUUGGGAAGGCAAAACAGAGAAGAAAAAGAGAAAGAAGAAGAAGAAGAUUUAGUAAUGGCAUACAAGGUGGAUCAUGAGUACGAUUAUCUUUUCAAGAUUGUAUUGAUUGGAGAUUCAGGUGUUGGCAAAUCCAACAUUCUUUCCAGGUUUACUCGUAAUGAAUUUUGCUUGGAAUCCAAGUCUACCAUUGGUGUUGAGUUUGCAACCAGGACUCUUCAGGUAGAAGGGAAGACAGUUAAAGCACAGAUAUGGGACACAGCUGGUCAAGAAAGGUACAGAGCCGUCACCAGCGCAUACUACAGAGGUGCAGUUGGUGCACUUUUGGUUUAUGACAUAACAAAGAGGCAAACAUUUGAUAACGUUCAAAGGUGGCUCCGGGAAUUAAGGGACCAUGCAGACUCCAACAUUGUGAUCAUAAUGGCUGGGAACAAGUCUGAUCUGAACCACUUAAGAGCAGUCCCAACAGAAGAUGCUCAAUUGUUGGCUGAGAAGGAAAGCCUUGCAUUCCUUGAGACUUCAGCAUUGGAAGCCUUAAAUGUGGAGAAGGCAUUCCAGACUAUUUUGCUUGAUGUCUACCAGAUUAUUAGCAAGAAAGCUCUGGCACAGGAAGCAGCUAAUUCAACUGGACUUCCCAAAGGAACUAUAAUUAAUGUUGCAAAUCCGUCUGGUAAUGUUAACAAGAGAUCAUGUUGUUCUAAUUAGCAAGAUCCUGAUCUUACAAAAAUUGGGAAAGGAGAGUCUAGCAUUCCAGGAAAUUUUCAUUUUUGGCUAUCUGACAGAGAAGGUACAAGGCCCUUUUCACCUUCUGUCAAAUACUCUUCCAAGAGGCCAUGUCAUGUGGGAAGCAAGUUUAUAUUUCAUUACAACCAAUCAACAAUGAACAAAAGAACUGAUUAGGUAAAGAAGGUUCUCUCAAAUGUGAGACGGAUCCUAGAACUGAUUCUUUCUGUGCUAGGAUUAUGGCAAUUAAGAAUACAUUAUUCUCUGAAUCAUCAUCAUUGCAUAGUUGAGAAAAAUUAUAAUUGUUGUAGGGCAACUGAAAUGACUUACUGAAGGAUAAGAACUGUGAUGUCUCAUAUGAAUGAUUACAAGUAAUUCCUUGGA